UGCCGCCUCUGCUCGGCAGCAGCCGCCUGCGGGAGAGCCUUUUCCAGGUGUCGGACUUAAUCCACCUCCAGAGCCGGAUCUUUCUCGGUCGGGGUUCUCGGCAAAGACCGCAGCCAUGCCGGUGACGGUGACCCGCACGACCGUCACGACCACCAUGUCGUCAUCCUCAGGCCUGGGCUCCCCAGCCAUCGUGGGGUCCCCUCGGGCGCUGACCCAGCCCCUGGGCCUCCUCCGCCUGCUGCAGCUGCUCUGCACCUGUGUGGCCUUCUCCCUGGUGGCCAGUGUGGGUGCUUGGACUGGGAUCAUGGGUAACUGGUCCAUGUUCACUUGGUGCUUCUGCUUCUCUGUGACCCUCAUCAUCCUCAUGGUCGAGUUAUGCGGGCUCCAGUCCCGCUUCCCCCUGUCCUGGAGAAACUUCCCCAUCACCUAUGCGUGCUACGCUGCCCUCUUCUGCCUGUCGGCCUCCAUCAUCUACCCCACCACCUACGUCCAGUUCCUGUCUCACGGCCGCUCCCGGGACCACGCCAUCGCCGCCACCGCCUUCUCUUGCAUCGCUUGCGUGGCUUACGCCACCGAAGUGGCCUGGACCCGGGCCCGCCCCGGGGAGAUCACCGGCUACAUGGCCACCGUGCCUGGGCUGCUCAAGGUGCUGGAGACCUUUGUGGCCUGCAUCAUCUUCGCCUUCAUCAGCAGCCCCUCCCUGUACCAGCACCAGCCGGCCCUGGAGUGGUGUGUGGCCGUGUACUCCAUCUGCUUCAUCCUGGCGGCCGUGGCCAUCCUGCUGAACCUGGGCGACUGCACCAACAUGCUGCCCAUCUCCUUCCCCAGUUUCCUGUCGGGCCUGGCCCUGCUCUCUGUCCUUCUGUACGCCACUGCUAUUGUUCUCUGGCCGCUCUACCAGUUCAGCGAGAAGCACGGUGGCCAGCCCCGUCGGUCAGGGGACGCGAGCUGCAGCGCCCGUCACACCUACUACGUGUGCGCCUGGGACUGCCGACUGGCCGUGGCCAUCUUGACGGCCAUCAACCUGCUGGCUUACUUGGCUGACCUGGUGUACUCGGCCCGCCUGGUUUUCGUUAGGGUCUGAGGCUCCGACGACGGUGACGACGGGAGCUCUCAAUUCCCUCUUGUCCGCAGAGGUUUCUUUCCCACGCCCUAAUUUCCUCUUCCUGGCUCCCUCUCUCCUACCUUUCUCAUUUCCUCCCCGAUUCAUCCUGCUCGUCUCCGUUCCUUUAGCUCCUGCCUCCUCUCUCCUGUUGCUCUCGCCUUUCCUUCCUGUUUUGUUGGGUUGCCCACAUCCUGUUUUGCCUGUUUGCCUCUUUCUGUUUUCACCUCUUCUUUCCUACCUGUUUGUUUCUCGGCUCUAUUCUGGUCCUCUUGUUUGUUUUCUCAUCUGCCUGUAUCCUGGCCAUCUCUGUCCUGGUUUCUUUCUUCCGAUUUCCUUGGGAGCUCUGAGACUUCUUUCUUCUCUGCCACCACUCCACUGUCCCCCCACCUCCAAAGGUGCUGAGCUCCAUGUCCCACCCCCCUCUUUGCAGCUGUUCAUACCCUGGGCCUCCCGAGGGGCCUCAUUGCCAAAGCAUGCCUGCCCGCCCUGGCUGUGCCUUAGUUGGUGUGUACAUGUGUGUUUGUGGGGGUGGGGGUGGGUAGCUAGGGAUGGGGCUCCCUUUCUCCCAGUGGAGGGCGGUGUACAGCACAUGUCCCCUUUAAUCUCUGGAGGCCAGUGAUCUCCAAUGGGCAUGAGGCUUAAAGCACAGGCCUUGGGUCCCCGGGCCCUACCCGGCCCCCAGCCUCACCUGAGAUUGGCUCCAGAACUUUUGCCAGGCUUACUGACCAGAAUUUUUGCCAGGCUUACUAAAAUUCCACUGCCUGGAGGUCAUCUUAAAGGAAGUAAAGGGUGAAUGCUUUCCAUCCCAAGUGCUGUCUGGGUUAUUGAAAAAGUGGCUAGCAAAGAACUGCAUGGUCUCAAGGACAACUGUCUGAAGUAUUUAUAGGGGCAGGGAUGUGGCCCUCCUGCCUCUGUUAAAAACAGCAUGGACUGCCUUUGCUGGGAGAAGAGGUUGGCCACUGCCAGCCUUAAAGGCAAUGUGAGCCUGGGUUUGUUUGGUUGUUUGCUUUCUGUUUCUUUGGUUUUUUUUUCCUUUUCCUGGUCACGAGGACAAAAUGUACUGGGUGGCCCUCUUCUAAAAGGGAAGUUUCUUUUCAACGUCUUUUUCUGGGGGGUGGUUGGGUUGGGUAGGUGGGGAUUGCUGUUGCCAUAGUCAGAGGAAUUGAAUUGCAUUGCUUGAGUGUGGUACACACACACACACACACACACACACGUGUGUUUCUGCAUGCUCGUUGCUUCUUGUAGCUGCUUCCUGCUUCUCCAGGACUCACACGCGUAACGUCAUAUAUAUAAAUGUAUAAAUAUAUAUUUUAUUUUUUUUUUAAUUCCCUGGAGCUUCUGAUUCCCAUCAGUCCCCGCUGUCAACCACAGAGGGAAGACUUGUCCGUUUCCUCACUCCCACAUCCAUAGUGGUUUUGUUUUUUUUUUUACAACAAUAUAAAGAUAAAA